CGAGCGGCGCGAGAAGCGGCAGCUCCCUCCGGCCUCGUUCCUGCUCCUCCUCCGAGCCGGCUCCGGCGGCAGUGGCGGUGGUGGCAGCUCCAGGGCCAGGUUCCCUUUUUUUUCUGCAUAAUAUCUGCAUCAGAAAUGGAUACUGAAGGGUUUGGUGAGCUUCUUCAGCAGGCUGAACAGCUUGCCGCUGAGACUGAGGGCAUUUCUGAGCUUCCUCAUGUAGAACGUAACUUGCAAGAAAUCCAGCAGGCGGGUGAGCGCCUGCGCUCUCGAACACUGACACGUACAUCUCAGGAGACAGCUGAUGUCAAGGCGUCAGUUCUUCUUGGGUCUAGAGGACUUGACAUAUCCCACAUCUCACAGAGAUUGGAGAGUUUGAGUGCUGCAACUACAUUUGAACCUCUUGAGCCUGUGAAAGAUACAGAUAUUCAGGGCUUUCUGAAGAAUGAAAAGGACAAUGCAUUGCUGUCUGCCAUUGAGGAGUCCAGAAAACGGACUUUUGGUAUGGCUGAAGAAUAUCAUCGAGAGUCAAUGCUGGUGGAAUGGGAACAGGUUAAACAAAGGAUUCUCCAUACACUACUUGCUUCAGGAGAAGAUCCUCUUGACUUUACACAGGAGAAUGAAUUUGCCUUUGAGGUACUUCCUUCAGUCAGCACUUCUAUGCCAAGUUACAUCAGUGAUUUGGGACCUCCAGGCCGAAGCUCUUUAGAUAGCAUUGAGAUGGCUUACGCCCGCCAGAUUUAUAUUUAUAAUGAGAAGAUAGUGAAUGGACAUCUGCAGCCUAACCUGGUAGACCUCUGUUCUGCUGUUGUAGAAAUGGAUGAUAAGAAUAUUUCAGAUAUGUGGGCAAUGGUGAAACAAAUGACAGAUGUGUUGUUGGCCCCUGCGACAGAUGCCCUGAAAAGUCGAAGGAGCAUGGAGGUACGAAUGGAAUUUGUAAGACAGGCUUUACAUUACCUCGAGCAAAGUUACAAAAAUUAUACACUUGUUACUGUUUUUGGUAAUCUGCAUCAAGCUCAGCUGGGUGGUGUGCCUGGUACUUACCAGCUGGUUCGAAGUUUUCUUAAUAUCAAGCUCCCAGCACCUCUUCCAGGACUUCAGGAUGGAGAAGUGGAAGGACAUCCUGUUUGGGCAUUAAUUUAUUACUGCAUGCGCUGUGGGGAUUUAGUUGCAGCUUCGCAAGUGGUUAAUCGAGCCCAGCAUCAGCUGGGAGAAUUUAAAACUUGGUUCCAAGAAUAUAUGCACAGUAAGGAUAGAAGAUUGUCUCCUGCCACUGAAAAUAAGCUUCGUCUCCAUUAUCGACGUGCCCUUAGAAACAACACUGACCCUUAUAAAAGAGCCGUUUAUUGUAUCCUUGGAAGAUGUGAUGUCACUGAUAAUCAGAGUGAAGUGGCUGAUAAAACAGAAGAUUACCUUUGGUUGAAGUUGAAUCAAGUAUGUUUUGAGGAUGAUGGCACCAGCUCUCCACAAGACAGACUCACUUUAUCACAGUUCCAGAAGCAGUUAUUAGAAGACUAUGGGGAAUCCCACUUUGCUGUUAACCAACAGCCUUUUCUCUACUUCCAAGUGCUCUUCCUGACAGCACAGUUUGAAGCUGCAAUUGCUUUUCUCUUCCGUGUGGAGCGCCUGCGCUGCCAUGCUGUUCAUGUAGCGCUGGUACUGUUUGAGCUAAAGCUUCUCUUGAAAUCAUCUGGCCAGAGUGCGCAGCUCUUAAGUCAUGAGGCUGGUGACCCUCCUUGUGUAAGGCGUCUCAAUUUUGUUCGCCUUUUGAUGCUCUAUACCCGGAAAUUUGAGUCAACAGACCCAAGAGAAGCAUUACAAUACUUUUACUUUCUCAGGGAUGAAAAAGAUAGUCAAGGAGAAAACAUGUUUUUGCGCUGCGUUAGUGAGCUUGUAAUAGAAAGUCGAGAGUUUGAUAUGAUUCUUGGGAAACUGGAGAACGAUGGAAGUAGAAAGCCUGGAGUUAUAGAUAAGUUUACUAGUGACACAAAGCCCAUUAUCAACAAAGUUGCUUCAGUGGCAGAAAAUAAAGGAUUAUUUGAAGAAGCUGCAAAGCUUUAUGACCUUGCAAAGAAUGCAGACAAGGUUCUAGAGCUGAUGAACAAGUUGCUCAGUCCGGUCGUUCCCCAGAUCAGUACUCCUCAGUCCAAUAAAGAGAGGCUGAAGAACAUGGCACUUUCCAUCGCAGAACGGUACAGAGCUCAGGGAAUAAGUGCAAACAAAUUCAUUGACUCCACGUUCUACCUUCUGUUAGACUUGAUUACAUUUUUUGACGAGUAUCAUUGUGGUCACAUUGACAGGGCCUUUGAUAUAAUUGAUCGCCUGAAGCUUGUGCCCCUGAAUCAAGAAAGUGUGGAAGAAAGAGUGGCUGCCUUCAGAAACUUCAGUGAUGAAGUCAGACAUAACCUGUCAGAAGUGCUUCUUGCCACCAUGAACAUCUUAUUCACCCAGUUCAAAAGACUAAAAGGCACAAGUCCAUCUUCAGCAUCCAGACCCCAACGAGUUUUAGAAGACAGAGAUUCACAACUCCGAAGUCAAGCACGAGCAUUGAUUACGUUUGCUGGGAUGAUCCCCUAUAGGACAUCAGGAGACACAAAUGCAAGACUGGUGCAAAUGGAGGUCCUUAUGAAUUAAGAGAGUAUUCACAUGUUGUUACUAGUACAUCAAAGAGAUGGGCCCCUUUUAUUUUAUUUUAUUUUAUUUUUUCUAUUCUGUAUUUUUGUCAACAUAAAUAAAUUUCUUUGAUUUGUAUUUCCUUUUAAACAUCCUUUUAUUUUCAUUGUUUUGUCUUUUUAAAUUUUUUUAAGUUGUUAUUUGUGUCUUAUAGAAUCAUUAGUUAGUCCUAGGCCAUUGAGAGAAAAGAAAAUAGAUUUUGUUUGGGAAAGUUUUAAAAGUAUGAAAAUUUAUUCAAAAUAAGCAAACAACCUUUGGGAGAGCACUGUUAUUGAUAUUGAACAUUCAGCAAUUAGGGCACAUGAUACUCAUCACUAUUAAUAACAGCUUACAUUUAAAUAGUGCUUUUUAAGACUCCAAAACUACUCUCAUUCUCUCAUCUCAACAUCAGCACAGCUCAAUGAGGUAGGGAGGGGAGUGUGAUCACUACUAUUUAUAGAUGAAGGAACUGAGGCCCAGAGAAAUUAAGUUGCUGAGUAGAGGUUGAGAUCCUCUGUUUGCUUCUAGCACACGGUUGUGGAAGGUGAAAAGGAGAAAAUAAGCCCUUGGAGUUGCAGGUGUCAAUUUGAUUUUGAUGGGAUGAAGAACACUUUGACCUAUAGUGGGAAAAUUCAGGACUUAGAGAUGGAAUGGAGUUUUGUUGACAAAAGGGAUACCUAAUGUUUGUACUUCUGUAUACACAGCCUAGAGAUGUAAGAGGUACUGAAACCAUGUUGUGAGGUUGUCUAGGAAUGAGACUGAUGAGUUAUAACUCAUUUGCCUUUAAGACUCCUCCAAAAACAUGUCACUAUGACUAAAGAAAUGGCUAAAUAAGUCAUCCUGAUAGUACUUGUUAAGGGAAUUAAAUCCCAUUCAUAGAGGAUGAACCACAUUGUCAUAAUUUACCCCCUUAUAAGGUCAUUACCCUGAAGUCCCUAUGUCUCCAAGGGAAAACAUGCCCCCUUCUUUAAUCAAAUAGGAAAUCCUUGGUAGCUGACCAGUUCAGGGCUUACCAGGACCCAGUCUAUAAUAAACUAUUUUUCUUAGUAAAAGACUAAAAAAGACAGUCAAAUCAAUUAUAGAUCAUUGUUCAAAGGCCUGGGAAUCAGAUUUCAAGGCAAAUGUUACAUUCCUUUGAUUUUCUUAAACUGGCCCUGGCUGCCCAUUUUCAAAGUGAAAUCUGAAUUAGAACCUGUGAACUCUCUCCAAGUUGAGCCUUCAGUUUUAUCAAAGUACAGACAUGCAGAAAGCAUUAAGUGCGUGUUCACACGGAGUGUUUACAAAAGGUAUGUUUUCAGGCUAUAGAGCAGUUACCUUUUGUCAUUCAUUCAGUGAUCAUUUAAGUAUGCAGUACUCUAGGAUGCACUGGUGGUAUCCAGUAUCAGCACUCAAACUUGCCAUUACUUUGUAUUACAGGACCAGAGAUUUAGACUUGUACAAGGACCUUACAGGUAUUAGAAUCCAAACCCUUAAUUUUACAGGUCAGAAAGGGGAGGCUCAGAGAGGUGUGAUUUGCCCUUGGUCACACAGGUGGCCAACAGCAGAGUGAGGGUUUGAAUCCAAGUCCAGUGCUCUUGUUACUAUGCUAAGUUGAUAAUUCUUUUUUAUUUAGCCCUUGAAAAUUUGUAAAGAACUUCACAAACAUUAUCUCUUUUGAUUCUCAAAAGUCCUGUGAGGUAAGUAUUAUUGUUUCCCUUUUAUAGAGAAAGAAGCAAGCUCAGAGAGAUUGAAUUAUUUGCCCAUGAACAUAGGGAUAUUAUUUGUCAGAUGUGGGAUUUGAACUCAGUUCUUCCUGUUGCCCAGCCCAGAACUCAACUAUGCCACACUGCCUCUAGGGCAAUGAUUCUUAACCUUUAGUAAUUGGGUGAAGCCUAUGAACCCCUUCUCAGAAUAAUGUUUUUAAAUGCACAAAAUAAAAUAUGUAGGAUUAUUAAAGAAACCGGUUAUAUUGAAAUAUAGUUAUCAAAUCAUUUUUUAAAACACAGGUUCAUAGACUUCAGCUUAAGAACUCCCCUACCUUUUAUUUGUGUAGAGUUGUCUCACAUUCUGAAUUUCUCAGUGAUAGACUCAUAAAAAGGAUUUGUACAGAUAAACCAAUAGCCAAGUUAUUACUUUACAGCUUUAUAUAUGUGUGAUCAUUGUGUUUUUCCAUUCAAGCAUCCAAAUCUGUCUCUGCCUCAUUAAAUGUCUGUUGUGACCUGCCAGAUUUUCUUUUAGCCACAACUUCAUAUCAUCUGGGAGAUGGCACAUUGAAUGCCAAGGUAGAAAAGAGAAAACUAGACUCGUGUUGUCAUCAUUGUACUUUUUCCAAAACACUGAUAGAUGAGUUUUUAAAUGUAUGACUGUUUUCUAAUGAAGAAAGCUCUGGAGGUCAGUUAAACUCUUGUCUACAAAAUAGAGGCACUUGAUAAUUUGCAAAAUUCAUGGUGGAAAUGUGCGUUUUAUUAUCCAACUCGUGGAACUUAAUUUUAUAGCUCAUGAACUAACCAGGGCAUUUUCCUCCUAAGGAACCCUGAGAUCAUGUAAUGUCACUGGUGUAUUUUUAGGUCUAUACACAGAGUUUAUGCCUCCUUACUUUUAUUCCACUUUUUCCUUGAAUAUCAGUGCAUGCAGCUAAUUUGCAAAGCUCUAAAGCAGCCAACUUUCAAUUCUCCCACACUAAUUACUCACUUUCUAGAUGAUGAAGGCCCUUUGCUUUUUCCCUGGCCCACUUUUUCAUCCGUUUUACUACUUAACAUUCCCCUAGGGAGAAGUGGAACUGAGCUAUUAUUCUUACUUAUUUAAAGCUCAGAUGAAAGGAUUGAAAGAGAAAGAUCUUAAAUUGUACCCUAAAAUGAAGGUUUGGGACAUACUUUGUUUUAUUUGUCCAUACUGUCAUCCAUUCCCUUCCUACUGUUUGUAAUUGAGAGUUGGCUGUAGUCCCAGUUGUCCACACAAAACAAAGCACUAUAUUUAUUUGUCAACCUGUGUAUAAUGCAGCUUUAUUUGACAGACUGCCAAAUGCCCUGUGCCAAGGUCACUUGUAUUAGAAAUACUUCCUGUAAUGAGCUGGUGACAGGUAAACCAGUUUGUCUCAAGGCCAAGCUUUUGAAGCCUUCCCCUACUUCUUUGCCUCUCAGCUCUAGUAUUCUCCUGCCUCAGUACCAGCUGUGCAGUGAUUACUUGGAAAACUUAACUUGCCUUGGUUCAUGCUUAUUUCUCUUCCAACAAUUAGAUCUGAAAGACAGGGGCAAAGAGGCUCCCUCAUGAUAAGAACUUGAAACUUUGCCUCAAAAAUAGUCAUCAGGGCUGGGCCAUUUUGAGAGGGGAAAGUACAGGGUGCCCUAAUGGGAAAGAAACUAUAGAGGUGUUUAGAUUUUGCUUUAGUGAUGGGCCUACCUUUUUCCUUCAAAAAAAGAUCCUAAUGGAAAUCUGGUAUUGGGCUUAAAAGCAAUUAAAUGUGCUUUGUGUCUCAUUUUUAUUGCCUUUAACUUUGGUCUCCUUGAGCCUUCAGGUAUCUGUGGUGGGGAGGGUGCUUCUGGUUCCUGUUCUCUUACCCCAGUUAGAGGACAGCAGCAGAACCCAAGAUGCAGGGACACAAUGUGAUAGACAUAGCCAAUUCAUAUUGGGUGGCCUGAAUAGAACUGCAGCUUCAUUUGGGGAAGCUCUUUGCAAGGCCAAGUUAUUUGUGAGCCAUUUGGAUGGUGUGUGCUGGUCCCAUUCCAGCUGUCUCUCUGCUGGCACAUGCCACACUGCUGAGAGGCCUUUGGCCAUGUGGUACCAGAUGAUUGGAAGCACUCUUGCUAAAGUGGAUUCCUAUGAUUUGUUGCAGCUUCUAUGGUUUUAUAGAUGAUGGAAAUUAUAGUGCAAGAUGGAUCACUUUAGAGGGAAAGGAGGCAAUAAAUGGAAUUAGGCAUUGAAAUACAUAGGAGAAGAGCCAUGCUGUCUGGGCCAUGCUGUAUGAUUGUGUGCCCAGCAAUGACCUUGGCCACCAUGAGCAGUGUAAGAUUUCUGCAUCAAGAAUUCCAAAUUAAAUUAAAUUUGGGGAGGGGGAUGAGACAUGCAAGGUCUUCUUAAUUUGUGCUUUUUUUUUUUCUUUUUUUGAGAAAAGAGACAAAAGAGCUUUUGCUCUACUCAGCCUGCCUCAGUUCCAUCUGUCCUGCUUUCCCAAUUUUCUUACAGUUGUCACUGUGGUAUAUUUGCAGACAUUGCUAUGGGAAGCUGUAAUCUGCAUGUCCUUUUCCAUAUAAUAAUUCCUUUGUUUAGGAUGCUUCCUUCAUCACAGAUUCUAUCUCUGAUCUGAAAAUUCCUACUUGUUCUUUCAAAUGAAAUAUAGAGUAUAAAGGUUAA